UUGACCUUUCUCUUCCAUGCGUCAACUCCGAAAUCUAUUUGACCCGUUUUGUGAACCCGAAACACGGGGCACCUAUACAUCCUUCUAGACCGCCUCGGAUCGUGUUCAAUUCCCCUUUUGGUUUGCUUCAGCCCUAAUUUUCCUUCUCUUACGUUGAUAAACACGGUUAUACCUCACUAGCAGCUAGCCUCUAUGUCGGAGAAAUUUUCUGCUACGUUGAGAAUUGGCGACUUGAACGAUUACAUAGCGCCAUCGCAGGGCUGUGUGAUCAAAACUGAGAAUGCAGGGAAAGCUCGGACCACUCCUGAAGCAGCUCAAACUGAGCCUGUGAAAAUCUCACUUAAAGACUGUUUAGCGUGCAGUGGAUGCAUAACAUCUGCAGAGACUGUCAUGCUUGAGAAGCAGAGUUUGGAUGAGUUUCUUUCAAACCUCAAGAAAGGAAAAGCUGUAAUUGUGUCCAUUUCUCCUCAGUCUAGAGCUUCUCUUUCUGUUCAUUUCGGACUUUCUCCCCUUCAGGUCUAUCGGAAACUUACAACUCUCUUGAAGUCUUUGGGUGUGAAGGCAGUAUUUGAUACCAGUUGCAGUCGAGAUUUAACGCUUGUUGAGUCUUGCAAUGAAUUUCUAACACGCUAUAAACAAAAAGAUUCAGCCGAUGCUGAGAAGUCAAAAUCGUCUCUUCCUAUGAUUUCAUCAGCUUGUCCAGAUGUUGAUAAUGUGUUGCACAUCCUGAAUAAUUCAAUCUCGUUGCGGAAGUUAUUCUUGAUUGGUUGGAUAUGCUAUGCUGAAAAGACUCUUGGAUCUUAUAUUCUUCCAUAUAUUUCUUCGGUGAAAAGCCCGCAACAAACUAUUGGAGCUGCCAUCAAGAACCAUGUAUGGGAAGAACUGCAUAUCAGGCCAGAGGAGAUAUAUCAUGUUACUGUGAUGCCUUGUUAUGAUAAAAAGCUCGAGGCUGCUCGGGAUGAUUUUGUCUUCCAAGUGGAUUCAGAUAGUGAGAAAGUUACAGAGGUUGACUCGGUAUUGACAACUGGAGAGGUUUUAGAUCUAAUUCAGAUGAAAUCAGUUGAUUUUACAAACUUGGAGGAAUUUCCAGUGGAUAAACUAUUGUCAAAUGUAGAUGAAGAUGACAAUCUCUAUGGCGUCUGUGGAAGCUCCGGAGGUUAUGCCGACACAAUAUUCCGACACGCUGCGAAAGUGAUUUUCGAGAAGGAAAUUGAAGGCCCUCUUGAAUUUAAGACAAUUAGGAAUGCCGAUUUUCGUGAAGUGACUCUGGAAGUAAGUGGUAAAACCGUGCUGAGAUUCGCACAGUGUUAUGGCUUUCGAAACCUUCGCAACAUUGUCACAAAAAUCAAAUCCGGAAAGUGUGAGUAUCAUUUUCUGGAGAUUAUGGCAUGCCCUUCAGGAUGCCUCAAUGGUGGAGGUCAAAUCAAACCCAAACCCGGCCAAUCUGCUAAAGAUUUGAUCCAGCUUUUGGAAACAGCAUAUUCUGAAAACGUAAAAGUGGCUGAUCCUUUUCAAAACCCUCGAAUCAAAAGAUUGUACAAUGAGUGGCUCGGUCAACCGGGUUCAGAGGUAGCCAAAAGACAUCUUCACACUGAAUAUCACCCAGUCGUGAAGAGCAUCUCCUCUGAGCUGCAAAACUGGACAUUGUCCAAUAUGGGAUUUUCUGGGACGUUAUCACCUAAAAUAGGGAUCUUGAAGACUCUGAACACACUGCAGUUGCAAGGAAAUGGUAUAACUGGUAAAAUACCUGAAGAAUUGGGAAAUUUGACGAGCUUGACUAUGUUAGAUCUGGAAAAUAACCAUUUAACUGGAGAUAUACCAUCUUCCCUCGGCAAUCUCAAGAGUCUUACAUUUCUGAUUUUAAAUCAAAACAAUCUCUCUGGACCAAUACCUGAAUCACUUUCAAGUCUUUCCAGCUUAGUCAACUUACAGCUUGCUUCCAACAAUCUAAACGGCACAAUACCUGAGCAACUAUUCCAGAUUUCCAAAUAUAAAUCUGCCCACAGUUGCGCGUCUGAAAAUGGAGGCCAUUCGAGUAAAUCAAAGGCGGGCAUGGUAAUUGGGAUUAUUGGAGCCUUCCUAGUAAUUAUUCUUCUCGGAGCUUUACUCCUUUUAUUUCUUUGGAAAGGCAGGCAAAAAGGCUACAAGCGUGAAGUCUUUGUUGAUGUUGCAGGUGAAGUUGACCGAAGGAUUGAAUUCGGUCAACUCAAGAGAUUUGCGUGGAGAGAAUUACAGCUGGCUACAGACAAUUUCAGCGAAAAGAACGUGCUCGGGCAGGGAGGUUUCGGAAAGGUCUAUAAAGGCGUGCUCGGCGAUAACACAAAGGUCGCGGUCAAACGUUUGACCGAUUUUGAGAGUCCGGGUGGCGACACCGCUUUUCAACGGGAAGUCGAGAUGAUAAGUGUGGCCGUCCACCGGAAUCUCUUGCGGCUGAUCGGAUUUUGCACCACACCAACCGAACGGCUACUCGUCUACCCUUUCAUGCAGAACUUGAGUGUUGCUUCACGCCUACGAGAGCUUAAGCCCGGGGAGCCCGUCUUGGACUGGGCCACGAGAAAACGAGUGGCAUUGGGCACGGCCCGUGGGCUUGAAUACUUGCACGAGCAUUGUAACCCGAAGAUCAUCCACCGGGACGUGAAGGCUGCAAACGUGCUGUUGGACGAGGAUUUCGAGGCUGUCGUGGGGGAUUUUGGGCUUGCGAAGCUAGUUGACGUCAGGAGAACGAAUGUGACGACUCAGGUUCGUGGGACAAUGGGACACAUUGCUCCCGAGUACUUGUCGACAGGCAAGUCUUCGGAGAAGACGGAUGUUUUCGGAUAUGGGAUCAUGCUUCUUGAGCUCGUCACCGGUCAAAGGGCCAUUGACUUUUCCCGAUUGGAGGAGGAAGACGAUGUCUUGCUCCUUGACCACGUGAAGAAGCUCGAACGGGAGAAGAGGCUAGAGGGGAUAGUGGACCGGAAUUUGAGGCGCGAGUACGAAAUAGAUGAGGUGGAAAUGAUGAUCCAGGUGGCACUCCUCUGCACACAGUCAUCACCCGAGGACCGGCCAGCCAUGUCUGAGGUUGUCCGAAUGCUGGAAGGAGAAGGGCUGGCGGAGCGGUGGGAAGAGUGGCAGCACGUGGAGGUCACCAGGCGGCAAGAGUUCGAAAGGCUUCACAGGCGCUUCGAUUGGGGAGGUGACGACUCACUCCAUAACCAAGAUGCCAUUGAGCUCUCGGGAGGUCGUUGACUAAGCCUUUUGAAAGGAAAAAACGAGCGUAAUAAUUAGUUGGGUUAUUAUUAUUAUUAUUAUUUUUUGAAAAAGGAAUUUCGUGUGAAUUCUUAGUGGUUCGAUCGGUGUAGUGUAUAUUCGUGCAUUGGCUAUGUUCGUCGUUUUUUUGUUUUUUNUGUGUGUUCUUGUACAUUUUCAUGAGGUUUUGUGUGAUUUUUGUGUUGAAGGUGAAGAUGGGAAGUUUUUUU